AUUCCUCUAUUUCUAUCGAAUAUUAUUUAGUAGUACUGUAUUAGCGAAGCCUAACGUUGAACAGCAAUACAACAACAAAAUAGCAUAACAUUUGUAUAUAAAAUAUAUUCAUAAUAGCAGUCAUAGAGUGUAGGACUCACUCUAUUUGCAAACUAUUCACUAAUUUAUCGAUUUGUCAAACAAUAUAUACAUUCAUUCAUUUCAUUCAUUCAUUGGACUCAUCAUUGAAUGUCAUUAACUGUUUGCUUGAUUUGCUAUCAAAUUGUACGGCCAUUGAGUCCAUUGAAUAUAAUUAUAAUACCGAAACUACCGAUCAUUUUAUAAAACCAGUGACCACUUUGUCGUACCGAUAGUAAUAGAUAUCCCAAUGAAUUAGUUGACCACAAUAUCUUCAGAUCAAACGGUGAUAUUAUUUGUUGUUGUUUUUUAGUGACAACACAUUAGAAGAAAAGGCAUAUAUAUAUAAAGAUUAACAGCAAUUGAUACAGUGAUAGUCAAUAGAUUUAGAGGACAGGUGGGUAAACACAAGAGAGAGGACACGAAUCGCAAAAUGCCUGCCGUCAGAGGGGAUGGCAUGAGAGGGUUAGCCGUAUUUAUAUCGGACAUCAGAAACUGCAAAAGCAAAGAAGCGGAGAUCAAAAGGAUCAACAAAGAGUUGGCAAACAUACGGAACAAAUUCAAAGGCGACAAAACACUUGAUGGAUACCAAAAGAAGAAGUAUGUUUGCAAACUAUUGUUUAUCUUUCUGUUGGGUCACGACAUCGACUUCGGACACAUGGAGGCCGUCAAUCUCUUGAGUUCUAAUAAAUAUUCGGAAAAACAAAUCGGAUAUUUGUUUAUAUCAGUACUCAUGAAUGCAAACAAUGAUUUAAUGAAAUUAAUAAUCCAAUCGAUCAAAAACGACUUAUCUUCACGUAACCCGAUUCAUGUUAAUCUCGCUCUUCAAUGCAUUGCUAAUAUCGGUAGUCGGGAAAUGGCCGAGACUUUUGGCAAUGAAAUACCGAAGCUUUUGGUUUCUGGCGAAACCAUCGAUGUUGUGAAACAAAGCGCUGCCCUCUGUUUGCUUCGCCUCUACAGAGCUCUUCCCGAUCUAACACCGAGUGGCGAAUGGACUUCAAGAAUCAUACAUUUACUUAAUGAUCAGCAUAUGGGUGUGGUGACAGCAGCUGUUAGCGUAAUUAACUCAUUAGUUAAUCGAAGUCCCGAUGAGUACAAGGGCUGUGUAUCACUAGCCGUGUCGCGACUAAGUCGUAUUGUUACCGCUUCGUAUACAGAUCUGCAGGAUUACACCUAUUAUUUUGUACCGGCCCCGUGGCUAUCGGUCAAAUUAUUGCGAUUACUCCAGAACUAUCCGCCACCCGACGAUCCAGGUGUCAGGGGUCGACUCAAUGAAUGUUUGGAGACUAUCCUGAAUAAAGCACAGGAGCCGCCAAAGUCUAAAAAAGUUCAGCACUCGAACGCUAAGAAUGCCAUACUAUUCGAGGCUAUUAGUCUUAUCAUACAUAUGGAUAGUGAACCAAAUUUGUUAGUACGCGCCUGUAAUCAAUUAGGACAGUUCUUACAGCACAGGGAGACUAAUCUAAGAUAUUUAGCACUUGAAAGUAUGUGUUUGUUGGCCACAUCGGAGUUUUCGCACGACGCCGUCAAGAAACAUCAGGACACUGUCAUCAAUGCACUUAAGACUGAAAGAGAUGUUAGUGUUAGACAACGAGCUGUCGAUUUAUUAUACGCGAUGUGCGAUAAAUCCAACUCCGAAGAGAUUGUUAGCGAAAUGUUGGCCUAUUUAGAGACAGCGGACUAUUCCAUACGUGAAGAAAUGGUGCUAAAAGUAGCCAUUUUGGCCGAGAAAUACGCGUCGGACUACACCUGGUAUGUGGACGUCAUAUUAAAUCUGAUUCGAAUCGCUGGUGACUACGUUAGUGAAGAGGUCUGGUAUCGAGUCAUUCAAAUUGUGAUAAAUCGUGAGGACGUACAGGGAUACGCUGCCAAAACUGUGUUUGAGGCUCUUCAAGCACCGGCAUGUCAUGAAAAUAUGGUUAAAGUUUCGGGUUAUAUAUUAGGAGAGUUCGGCAAUUUAAUAGCAGGCGACUCGCGAUCGAGUCCGCUCAUUCAGUUCCAAUUAUUACAUUCAAAAUACCAUUUAUGUUCGGCAAUGACGCGGGCAUUGCUUUUGACAACUUACGUGAAAUUCAUAAACUUGUUUCCCGAAAUCAAAGGAGACAUUCAGACAGUACUCAAAAACGAUAGCAAUAUCCGGAGCGCCGACGCAGAGCUCCAGCAGCGGACAGUUGAAUAUCUUCAGUUGUCGCAAAUCGCUACGACCGACGUGUUGGCCACAGUUCUUGAAGAGAUGCCUCCAUUUCCCGAACGCGAGAGCUCUAUAUUAGCGUCGCUUAAGAAGAAGAAACCGGGAAUGACUAGUGGUGUGGCCACUACUGGCAAAGAAUAUAAGGGAACGAUGAAUAAUAAUACUAAUAAUAAUAAUAUUGCAUUAAAUGACUUAACAGCUCCACUGAACAACAAUUCGAACGCAUCGGCAGAUCUUCUAGGAUUGAAUAGUUCGCCGCCGGUCACCGCAACAUCCAAUCAGUCGAAUGCAAGUCUAUUGGCCGAUGUUUUCGGCGAUGUUUCAGGCAUAUCAUCGAAUAGUCCUUCGACUAUAAAUAAUAACAAUAUCGGCGGCACUUCCAAUGCUGUUGUUGUUAGCAAUGAUGAGGGCAUUAAAAAAUUAGUGUCGAAACACAACGGCAUUCUCUUCGAGAAUGAUAUUCUCCAGAUUGGAGUCAAAUCGGAAUUUCGUCAGAAUCUCGGAAGGAUUUCCCUCUUUUAUGGCAAUAAAACUAAUUCUCAGUUCCAGUUGUUUUUGCCAUCGAUUUCAUGUAGUGAACAACUUUCCAAAUCCCUAGGCCUUCAAGUGAAACCUGUAGAGCCAGUCAUUGAUGCCGGUGCUCAAGUGCAGCAGCAAAUCAAUGUGGAGUGCAUUAGUGAUUUCGAUGAUUUUCCCACCCUUUUAGUGCAAUUCAAUCACAACGGCCCGCAAAGGUUUCCAUUAAAAUUUCCGAUAACUAUAAACAAAUUUCUGGAACAAACACAAAUGGAUUCCGAAACAUUUUUUAGCCGCUGGAAGAACUUAAAUAAUCCAUCACAAGAGGCGCAAAAGAUAUUCAAAAACAAGUUUGGAAUGGAUUCCGAAGUAAACAAAACCAAAUUAUUGGGAUUUGGUUUUCAAUUAUUAGAAAAUGUUGACCCGAAUCCCGAAAAUUUUGUUUGCUCUGGAAUUGUCCACUCGAAGGCUGUUCAAGUGGGUGUUCUGCUUAGACUUGAGCCCAAUAUGCAGGCACUGAUGUAUCGAUUGACUAUAAGGUCGAGUAAAGACACGGUUUCCCAACGUAUGUGCGAACUAUUGUUUGAUCAGUUCUAGUAUUCAUAAUAAUACCGUUAGUUAAAUAACCACAUAAUAUAUAUAUAUACAGUAUAUCGUGGGAUAUCUUUUUAAAAAAAUUGAAUGUAUUGGUGAUGAUAGUGUAUAUUAUAUC